AAAAAUGAAAAUGCAAGAAUGACUCACUUUUUUUUUGGUUUAAGGGUUUAUAAGAAUGACUCACUUUUUCUCCAAGACCAAUAUAAAAUGGAGGUUUGCAUGAAGAAACUAUAAUUCAAAGCAGUCAACUAGCAAGAGAAAGAGAGAAAAGUGAAGAUGUUCCUCAAGGUUCAUGAAAUUGCUUUUCUCUUUGGUCUCUUAGGCAACAUUGUGUCUUUUGGGGUGUUCUUGUCACCAGUGCCAACGUUUUAUGGGAUAUACAAGAAGAAAUCAUCAAAAGGGUUUCAGUCGAUACCGUACAUAUGUGCACUAGCAAGUGCAACUCUUCUUCUCUACUACGGAAUCAUGAAGACACAUGCUUAUCUGAUCAUUAGUAUUAACACCUUUGGAUGUUUCAUUGAAAUCUCCUACUUGUUUCUCUAUAUCCUUUAUGCACCAAGAGAGGCCAAGAUAUCCACGUUGAAGUUGAUAGUGAUAUGCAACAUCGGUGGACUUGGUCUCUUAAUUCUUCUAGUUAAUCUUUUGGUUCCAAAACAACACCGCGUCUCGACCGUUGGAUGGGUUUGUGCUGCCUACAGUCUCGCAGUCUUUGCUUCUCCCUUAAGCGUCAUGAGGAAGGUUAUAAAGACAAAGAGUGUGGAAUACAUGCCGUUUCUUCUCUCCUUGUCUCUCACUCUUAACGCCGUCAUGUGGUUCUUUUAUGGACUUCUUAUCAAAGACAAGUUCAUUGCUAUGCCAAACAUUCUCGGUUUUCUAUUCGGUGUAGCUCAGAUGAUACUAUACAUGAUGUAUCAAGGUUCCACGAAAACGGAUUUGCCAACAGAGAACCAACUAGCAAAUAAAACCGAUGUUAACGAAGUCCCGAUCGUGGCCGUUGAAUUGCCUGAUGUGGGAUCAGACAAUGUUGAAGGAUCGGUGAGGCCAAUGAAGUGAAGGGCAAACAUGCAUGGGGAAGAUGUAUGGGAGACGACAUGUUAUCGUAUGUUGGAAUAAUAAACUUUAAUUUCUAUGUUUUGUCGGUUUGAGUCGGUCUAACCAAAACCAAUGUUAUAUUGUUUUGACUUUUGAUCAUCACCAACCCUUGAUAAAAGAUAAUCUAGUCUACGGUAUUUAAGUCUAUGUCGAUGCGUACCUAAGCUAAGCUCCAUGGAACUAUCAGUUAAAAUGCUUUAACAGUUGGAACUGAAAAAAAUAAUCAAUCUAAUCCAAAUGGUUGUACAAUCAACAGAUGGAAUAAAAUAUUUAGAUGAAUUUUCAUUA